AUGGCUGCGCCCGCGCUGGGGUCUGCUGGGGGGCGCCGCGCCGCGCUGCGUCUAGUCGUCUUGCUGCCGCUGCUCGUGCUGCCGGGCGGGGCGGCGGCGGGCGGAGAGGCCGGGCCGGGCGCGGGCUCGUGCGGCUGCGGCGCCCCACAGCGGCCCGGCGCCCCCGGCGGCUCGGCGGCCGCGCACCGGUACUCGCGCGAAGCGAACGCCCCGGACCCGGGCCCCGCAACGCGGCCGCCCGCGCCCGCCAAGAUGGUCCUCAUUCCUGCCGGCGUGUUUACAAUGGGCACGGACGACCCUCAGAUCAAGCAGGAUGGGGAGGCUCCCGCCAGGAGAGUCACCGUGGACGCCUUUUACAUGGACGCCUAUGAAGUCAGUAACGCGGACUUCGAGCAGUUCGUCAACGCCACCAGCUAUCUGACCGAGGCCGAGAGGUUCGGUGACUCCUUCGUCUUCGAAGGCCUGCUGAGCGAGCAGGUGAAGACUGGGAUCCGGCAGGCGGUCGCGGCUGCUCCCUGGUGGUUACCUGUCAAAGGCGCCAACUGGAGACACCCAGAAGGGCCCGACUCCACGGUCCUGCACAGGCUAGACCACCCGGUUCUCCACGUGUCCUGGAACGAUGCCGUGGCCUACUGUGCGUGGGCUGGGAAGCGCCUGCCCACGGAAGCCGAGUGGGAGUACAGCUGCCGGGGGGGCCUGCACGACAGACUCUUCCCCUGGGGCAACAAGUUGCAGCCCCGAGGCCAGCAUUACGCCAACGUCUGGCAGGGCGAGUUUCCCGUGACCGACACCGGCGAGGACGGCUACCGGGGCACCGCGCCCGUUGACGCCUUCCCCCCCAACGGGUACGGCCUGUACAACAUCGUGGGCAACGCGUGGGAGUGGACGUCCGACUGGUGGACCGUUCGCCAUUCUGCUCAGGAAGCGCUCAACCCAAAAGGCCCCCCCUCUGGGAAAGACCGGGUGAAGAAAGGUGGCUCCUACAUGUGCCAUAAGUCCUACUGCUACAGGUACCGCUGUGCAGCAAGAAGCCAGAACACCCCCGACAGCUCCGCCUCCAACCUGGGGUUCCGCUGCGCCGCGGACAGCCUGCCCACCGCCCACUAAGCGCCAAGAGCCUCC